AUAGCCCCCGGCGCCCUGCCCCAUACCCGGCCUCUGUUUGUGGCCUGCUCGGAUCUCGGGCUUUCCUGGUCCCUGGAAGCAGCAGCCCCCACCCAGUAACCCAGGAGCACUUUCCCCGACAGACCCAUGGGACAGAGUUUGCAGCCAGAGCCGCCCGGGGAGAGGAGCGGUGCAAGGAAGCCGGCUGAGACGGCCAGGGAGGGGUCUGAGCUGGAACACGGCCUCUGUGUGAUUGUGGACAGCUUCUACAGAUACGCCAAGGGCCCGCCUGGAGCAAAGGCACUGGACCAGGUGGCUUUCCAGAACCUGCUCAGCAACGAGUUGAGCCAUCAGCUCACGAACACAGAGGUCGAGGCAGCCGUGAUGCGCACAUUUGAGAAGUUAGAUGCCAACAAAGAUCAGAAAAUCUCCUUCGACGAGUACUGGCAACUCAUCGCCUGGAUUUGCCAAGUGAUCCGGCGCCGUGAUUAUAAUGAGUAGUGACUGGGAGGGUUGUGUCUGGUGGGGAAACCGAGGCACGUGCCGCAUCAGGAAAGGCUUCCAAAUCCUUUGCCUUAAAGACUCAAAACAAACCUGCACCUCCCCCUCCCUUGGAAACCCAGUGACCUUAAUCUGCCUGCUGGGAUCUCCCCACCCCCAUUCUGCACAUCUCAUGCGCCCCCCCCGUCCUCCUUGCCAGGAUCCCAUCCUGAUCACCCCUCGGCCUUUUCUCUCCAUGCUGCCCAUCACUCCCCAGUGCUGCCCAACUCCCCCACUGCUGGGAUUCACCCCGUACACCCCGAAUCCAUCCUGGCCUAUGCUCUCCAUGUCACCCUCCUCCCCUGCUGCCAGAAUCCCUCACCAUUCCACGCCCCCCCUCCAGCCCUGGCAUAGGACGCCCACUCCACCCAUCUCUCCAGCUGCUGGGCUCCCACGCUGAUCCCUGCCCCGUCGCUGGGAUCUCUCCCCCACCACCUACGGCCUGCCCUCCCAGCCCCACCCUGCUAUCACUCGGUAA